AUGGCAGCAACACAGUCUCCAUCUCUUCUAGAGCUUCAAUCCUAUCUUAUCCCCGGGUUGCCUUCCUCUGUUUACUACAUUCCCGCCUUCCUCCCUCCUGCAACAUGCGAUGUGCUCCUCAGCACCAUCUUAGCCACUCCAUCCCCGAGAUGGACAAAUCUCUCCCGUCGACGUCUUCUCUCCCUUCCGAGUCCGCUAACAGGUAAAUCUCGGGAUACGCUUGUAUCUUCCGCUCCGCUUCCUGCGUACCUCACAGAUGAGAUACUUCCGAACUUCCAAACUCUAGGCAUCUUCAAUUACAGCCCGCAUGGUACACCGAAUCAUGUACUUGUCAAUGAGUAUUUGCCAGGCCAAGGUAUAAUGCCACACGAAGACGGGCCCGCAUAUCAUCCAGUUACAGCGACGGUCAGCCUAGGAAGCUCAACAGUGCUUGACAUCUACUCCAAAUCCGGUUCCGAAGUUGACGGCAGCGAGCGUAGACACUGGCGCGUCUUACAGGAGCCGGGAAGCUUGCUUGUAACCAUGGCAGACUGUUAUACUGAUACGCUCCACGGUAUCGCUGAAACUUGGGUUGAUGAGGAUUUGCGUGAGGAGACUGUUUCAAAUUGGGGUUUGCUGGGAAGCAAGGACCAGUUCCGGCAAGGUUGGAAUAGCAGAAAAAUGAGAGUCAGCCUGACAUAUCGCGAUGUGAAGAAAGUGGUUUGGGUUGGAGGCAGAGCAAAGAACAAUAUCCUGGGCAGCCGAUGA